ACUUUUUUGAAGAAUUCCGGAGAGGCAAGAUUGCCGUCGUCGCCGUCGUCGUCGUCGGUUCGUUGCUGAUUUAUCAAGCCAUCGAAGUGCGUUCCGAAAUAUCUGCAUCAUCAGAAAGUUAGCUUGUUUCCGAUCAAAGUGACCGGUGGUUGUGUUCUUUAAGUGUGUUUUCACCAUCGCCCUUGCCAUCGGCAGGCCCUACGGAAGCAAGCGUGAAAAAUUGUCAUCCGAGUUGUGCUACGAAGCUCGUUUGGUCGUUACCAACACGUGAGAGUCGGGAGAGCAAGAUAAACAAAGUGUUUAAAGCAAGGAAAAAUUUGUUUUUAUCGACCGUUAAAGUUUGUGCUGUAAGUAAGAGUGUGACAAAAUUACGUUGUUUUGUUAAAAGUGCAUUCAGCUCGCAGUUAGUUUUGGUAAAAAUAUUAAAUUUUACAAAGUGUCGUGAAGAGAGUGUCCCAUGUGGAAGUAAAAAUUGGUAUCUUGGAUUAAACAUCACCCAAACGUAUUCGCCCACAAGCAUCGCAGCCUACUGUGCGACGAGCCUUCAGAUCGAGGAAGGAAUCCCGACAACUACGAACUCCGCUGAAGAAUAUUUCCAUGCCAAGUAAAGCCAGCCACGAGGCGGUGCAAAGUUCACUGAAGUCGCCAAAGUUGUUGGACAUGAUGCUGCUUCUUCUGCACAGAUGAGGAAUAUACUUCAUCCUGGCACAACAGAGCUUACAUUACCGCGGAAAGCGUACGUGCACGUUGGCUGAAUUUAUCAAAAGUCGUUCAUAGCGGCGUCAUUUGUCGAAAUAAAACCGUCACACCGCCAUCACCACGCCUCAGCAGCAGCAGGUUCAAUUGAUCGCUCGAACUCAGUGGGGACUGACAUUUGCACAGAGACACCGAGGGCCGGUAAAAAGGCCAUCGUGAUCGAGGGGAGCACUGCCCUACUGCUGGUACCGAUCGGACACAAUUGCGGUUGAUUGUGGACCGCGCCAUUCGUUGUCGUCGCGUCUCAUUUAUCGUUUGUAUCGGGUCAUUAGUGCGCAAACGGCGGCGGGCAAGCAAGCUUGUCCUGCAGACGCAAGUAAAAGGGAAGCACGUUUGCAGCUUGAGAAGAACGAAGUUGUGGUUAGGCAGUGCGUGAGACCGACCGUUAACCAUACGGAGCAAAAAUGUCACAUCACAGCGACGAUCAGCUGCUGCAGGCCGGCAGUGAUUCGUUUUGGGAGCUAAACAAUUACAAACGCACCACCAAGCGGAUAGAGGACGGUUACAAAUUGUGUACCGAGCUGCAAACACUGAUCCAGGAGCGUGCCGAAAUUGAAAAAGCAUAUGCCAAAAAUUUGAAAACAUGGUCAAAGAAAUGGGGCGAACUGAUUGAGAAAGGACCGGAAUAUGGAACGACAGAGGCAGCCUGGAAGGGAAUGCUGACCGAGGCAGAACGCCUCUCGGACCUGCAUCUCAAAAUUAAGGCCAGCCUUUGUUCCGACGUGACACUUCAGAUUAAGGAAUGGCAAAAGGACAACUAUCACAAGUCGAUGAUGCAAAUCAAGGAGCGCAAAGAAAUGGAAGACCAGUUCAAGCGGGCACAGAAACCGUGGGCAAAGUUGCUAGCGAGUGCGGAAAAAGCGAAAGCAGACUACCACGCUGCCUGCAAGAUGGAAAAAUCCGCUGCCAAUCAGGAACGCAACGCUUCCAGCGAUUCCUCGAUGUCGAACGAUCAGCUAAAAAAGAUGCAAGAACGGGUACAGAAGCUUAAGGACGACGUGGCGAAGAGCCGCGAACGGUACGAGCAGACGCUGAACGAGAUCAAGGAGUACAAUCCCGUCUACAUCGAGAGCAUGACGAACGUGUUCCGGAAGUGCCAGGAGAUGGAGGAAACCCGGUUGUGCUUUUUCAAAAACGUGCUCUUCUCGAUACACAAAUGUCUGAACAUUUCCGAAGAUCCGAGCUUGCCCCAGAUCUACAAAGAGUUCCACCACACGAUCAACAAUGCGGACCACCAGAAGGAUCUGAAAUGGUGGUCCAACAAUCACGGCGUCAACAUGGGUAUGAGCUGGCCAACGUUCGUGGAGUACACGGAAGAGUUCCGCGACAUUGCGAAGGGCAUCAAAUCCAAAGAAGCUUUACCCGCAGCGCCGAUCACGCUCAUUCAUCAGCGACCCGUGGCCGAAGAUGUGCAUGAAUAUCCGCCACCACCGCCGGCCAACAACAAUCGGCUACUGGGAGGAGGUGGCAAUCGAAACAGCACGGCCCUUAGCAUUACCAACUCGACCGGCAACAACCGCACCACCCCAACGCCGACCAACGAUUCACCCAAGUCGGAGACGGCAUCGACGAAAAAUGAAGCGGCCACCACACCUACCCGAAAUUCGCCCGGACGUGCGGCGGCACCCGGUGGAGCGGUCGUUACCAAUGGCAAUUCCGGCACGAAUGGCAAAGCGAACGAUAGCAAUCCCUUCGAGGAGGAGGAAGAAUGGGACGAGGGCGACGGUAACGAUAAUCUGCUGGUGGAUAAUGGUGAACCAGGCGUACCGGUGAAAGCACUGUACGACUACGAGGGCGCCGAAAGUGAUGAGCUUACAUUCAAGCAGGGUGAUUUGUUCGAGAAACUAGAAGACGAAGACGAGCAAGGCUGGUGCAAAGGUCGGAAGGACGGUCGCGUAGGACUCUACCCGGCGAACUACGUUGAAGUGGUGGCGACGUAAGCGAUGGCACCUUUCUACCAGCAGCAAAGGGGAAAAGUUAGAACAUCAAACGCUCCAAUUGUGGUACAACGGUGGUGAAAAUAUGAUAGGUGAACACGUAGUCAAACCGAAGUACAAGCUCCGCUGUGAGAGCUAUGUUGAAUUUUAUUUGAUUACAUUACGUUACGGGGUACGGGGUAAUACGCAAAGUGCACGAUAAACGAAAUCAACAUCACAGUUAGAAGCGGAGAUGGGGCGGCGCACACAGGCACGCGGGUCAAAGUCUUUAUCUUUUGAUAGACCUAUAGAGGCAGAUGAUAGACCCACUGGGCGUGUUGUGAAGGGUAGCGCGAGGGAAGCAUCGUAGCGCCAUCGUUCUCUGGAACAACUAUAGCUUAAAAGGAUAAGAUCCUCAGAACCAAUACACACACACACACACAUGAAGGACCUAUAUUGAUGAAACCUUUGGCCAAAAAAGCGAGUAUUUUUGUAGGGUGGUUGGAGGAAGAAUUUAGUUUUUUGGGCUCCACUGGUUUGGAUAUAGGAGAUAGAGAGCCAUAGAGAGUCGCAUAUUUCGUCACACUUAUAUACGUAGGGAUUUUCCGCCUAGUAGGUCCAUUUGGCGUUGAUGAUCAGGGAAAAAGGAAGGUCGUGAUGGUGGACACACGAUUAAUCUGUUAUUGACGUACAACACUGCUAUCGUUUGUAUGUCGAUUGAUUCAUUUUCCCAUUUCAAUGUACAGUUUCUGCUCUGGAUGAUUAGAAGUCACUUGAAUUGUAAUGGUAACAAAAACACACACAAGAACAGAUACACGAACUUGCCUUUCGUACACGGGUGUAUCGGAUGAUGAACUGUAGUGGAACCGUUUUCCAUACACGUCUCGUCAAGGAACGGAAUGAGUUUAGUCAUCUCAACGUCUUUCGGUUGUUUCGUUGUAGCCAGUUGUUCCAUUUUAUAGUACUAUAUACCGUUUUUUUUUAAAUAAAGGAAAGCAAACCUAGCAUCUAAGUAGAAGCUGAAGCUGAAUUCUAGUAAGGCAUAUGGGAGCGCUCUGCAUUUAGAAAACAGGAUUGAUUCGGUGCAAACAAGUUUUCUUCUUGUCCAAAAUUAUCCCAAAACCGACCGCGAGACACGCCGCUGGGAAUUAACAGUAGAUGUACCACACAAUCCCUCCUUCUUUCAGGGCGAGAAAACACAGCUCAAUGUAGAGAACAAUCAAAAUCCGUAUCCGAUUUUAUAUGACGCAAACUACUCCGUAGGCAUCCGUAGUUUUGGAAGAGUAUCUCGGUGAAGGGUAACGUCCCACCGUUUUGCUGCAAUAUCAACACAACACAAUACUACCGAUCCUUUCUACUUCUUUACUCUAUCUCUCAGUCUUUAUAAACUCUAUGAACUGCUAUAGCUGCAUGAAUCCCCCCUGAAACAGGGAACCAGAAAAUCUAGACAUCAUUGUAUAUUCUACAGGAAGUAUUCUUUUGCAUAGAGAGGGCUAGAGAAGGUAUCACGUCCUUUCGGGCUCUCCUUUUUAUUCCACUGUACAGUUGUCCGAACACAGCGGCACAGUUUUGUUGCUCGUUUUGUAAUGCUGACAUACACACACACACACUAAAAGAAGCAAAGAGAAGUAUCAGCUCAAUAGUAUCAUUUGCGGGGGGAAAAACAGUUAUAAAAGUAGCGAUUAACAACAGUUGCAGUAGUGUGUGAUAGUGAGCAUAUGAUAGCGAUGAUAACAGACACGACGGCGUCACCAACAACACAUCGUUAAAGUAUCCGGUUGAAAUGUAAGCGAAAGAGCAUGUUGUGUAUUAUAUUAAGUUUGAGGAAAUAUAUGUAUGUAAAGAAGUAAUAACAAAGUCCGGGACGGGCAGUUGUAGUAGUAGAAGAGGUAGUGUUUUACCGGUAGUGUGUUAUUCCAGCGGUUAUUUAUACAAACACAGCUGUAUAUCUUAAACGAUGUACCCCAACCGA